CUUCCAGCCCGGUGAAGAGCUCCUGAAAGCGGAGGCGCCCGACGUCCCACGACUCCUGGAGGGAGAGCCCAAGGAGGCGACUGGACCCCCCGAGGCCCCGCGCUCAGGACAGAAUAAAAGACCAAGCUAUGAUAGCAACUGGAGGAGUGAUAACCGGUCUGGCUGCCUUGAAGAGGCAAGACUCUGCCAGAUCACAGCAUCAUGUUAACCUCAGCCCAUCACCUGCUGCUCAAGAAAAGAAACCAGUCAGGCGUCGGCCUCGGGCUGAUGUCGUGGUUGUUCGAGGCAAAAUCCGGCUUUAUUCCCCAUCUGGUUUUUUCCUCAUUUUGGGAGUGCUUAUCUCCAUUGUAGGAAUUGCAAUGGCAGUCCUUGGAUAUUGGCCCCAAAAAGAACAUUUUAUUGAUGCGGAGACAACACUGUCAACGAACGAAACUCAGGUCAUUCGGAACCAAGGCGGUGUGGUGGUUCGCUUCUUUGAGCAACAUUUACAUUCUGAUAAAAUGAAAAUGCUUGGCCCUUUCACAAUGGGGAUUGGCAUCUUCAUUUUCAUUUGUGCUAAUGCCAUUCUUCAUGAGAACCGUGACAAAGAAACCAAAAUCAUACACAUGAGGGAUAUCUAUUCCACCGUCAUCGACAUCCACACGCUAAGGAUCAAGGAGCAAAAGCAUAUGAAUGGCAUCUACACUGGUUUGAUGGGAGAAACAGAAGUCAAACAAAAUGGGAGCUCCUGUACCUCAAGACUGGCAGCAAAUACCAUUGCCUCUUUCUCAGGUUUUAGGAGCAGUUUUCGGAUGGACAGCUCUGUCGAGGAGGAUGAGCUUGUGCUAAAUGAAAGCAAAAGUCUGGGGCAUCUUAUGCCACCUUUGUCCUCUGACAGCUCUGUCUCUGUCUUUGGCCUCUAUCCACCUCCUUCCAAGACAACCGAUGAUAAGACCAGCGGCCCUAAGAAAUGUGAAACCAAGUCGAUUGUGUCAUCAUCCAUCAGUGCAUUCACGUUGCCUGUGAUCAAACUUAAUAACUGUGUUAUUGAUGAGCCCAGUAUAGAUAGCAUCACGGAGGAUGCUGAGAACCUCAAAAGUAGGUCAAGGAAUUUGUCAAUGGAUUCCCUCGUGGUCCCUUUGCCCAACACCGCUGAGUCCUUCCAGCCCGUCAGCACAAUGCUCCCGCGGAAUAAUUCCGUUGGGGAGUCAUUGUCAAGUCAGUACAAGUCCUCUGUGGCCCUUGGAGCUGGGGCUGGACAGCUCUUAUCUCCUGGGGCUGCUAGAAGACAGUUUGGGUCCAACACAUCCUUGCAUUUGCUCUCGUCGCAUUCAAAGUCCUUAGACUUAGACCGGGGUCCCUCCACCCUGACUGUUCAGGCAGAACAACGGAAACAUCCAAGUUGGCCUCGGUUGGAUCGAAGCAACAGCAAAGGGUACGUGAAACUAGAGAACAAAGAGGACCCGAUGGAGCGAUUGCUCGUGCCCCAAGCCACAAUCAAAAAAGACUUUACCAAUAAGGAGAAGCUUAUUAUGAUUUCAAGAUCUCACAAUAAUUUGAGUUUUGAACAUGAUGAAUUUUUGAGUAACAACCUAAAGCGAGGAACUUCUGAAACAAGGUUUUAAUGUUAAAAAACAUAUCAUUUUACAAGGCUAUAUAUUUUAAAACUAUUUUCACUAGUGUUUCCUCAUUAAACAUUGCUUGUAAGCCUUUUUAAUCAAAUGGUUUGUAGUGUAUUAGACCUGGCUACUUAAUUCUCUGGAGAUGGUUGUAUGCUCUGGUUACUUAUGAUGGCAGUAUUCUAUAUUAUCACAUAUGAUUUUAUUUUUCCCACUUAUUUGAAAGCUUAUGAUCUCUUUCCACUCAUGAUAUUUUAUUAAUAUGAAUUCAAAAUACUUCCAUCUGAAUUAAAGUUCCUUUUCUUUUCUUUUAAGUUCUUUCAUUGAUGCUCAUAUUUAUAGAACGAAGUGUCCAGUUAGCAAAAGGUAGGGUACCAAGUGUGGACUAGAAGUACCAAAUUCCAGCCCAAGAUUCAACGUGUAUUUAUAAAUGAGUGUGAGUGCAAAUCAAGAUGUGAUUUUCUGAAUAGUUGCUUUUAUAUAGGAUUGGUUAAAUUGUUUAAAAUGGAAAAGAUCUAGCUUCUGUGUGAGCUAAAUAAUAUGAAUUGGUUAAAUUGGUUUAGUUCUGUGUGAGCUAAUUGAUAUGAAUUGAUCAAGUCAAUUAUGACUUCUACUCGGAAUUCUAGGAAGAUAGUAUUUUUUUCAAAAUCAGUUCUAUUUUUAGUGAUAUGUUAUCAAGAAACCAUGUAUUCAAGAACCAUGGCUGAGAAUGCCAGAUAUUCUUAGGGGUAAAUAGCUAUAAUUUUAGAUAUUCAGAAUCAAAAUUUCUUUGCAGCUGACUUGAAAAAUGAAUGAACCAAUAUAGUUUUUAGAAAUGCUAUCUUAAAGUAAUUAUAUCCAUGAAGAAAAUAUUGACUAAUGAAUUAAAAUACAUUAUAUGCUAGUUAAUGUUGAUAGUCUCUGUACCUUUUCCAGGUCGUCUCUGUUACCCACUAUCUACUCAUUCCCACAUCCUUAUUAUCCCCCAAUAUUUUUUAGAUCCUGUUAUUUGGAAAAUAAUCAGCUAACCUUGACAUUUCUUUUUAUCUUCGCAUAUCACUAACUUGGUGGUUCAAGAGAAAUUAGUCCUUGAUAAAUUGCCUUGAAAUUUACUUUGUGCUGGAAAACCUUAUGAGGACUCCAAAGACUUUCUUAUGGUGUAAUAAAUAUUUAGGAUUGUGGUUCUCAGUUAUUGAAAAUUAUAAAUAUUAAAAUAGAUUUUUCAUCAGAAAAUUUUCAUGUUUUCCAUUAAGGUAACAUAAUUUUAAGAAUUGUUUCAUGGAAUACUCAGGAAAUUUUACAAGUUUUCCCCAAUGUGUAAAUGUUUCUGAACAUCAGUGUUGCAGAUAUUAUGGAAGAGGAGAAGGAAGAUAUAUUUCUGUUUGUAGCUCCCCACGAUUCCCCCUGUGUUGGCGUCAUGAGCUUGCCUGAGGCACAGUGUUACUUGUUAGAACAUCAGGCCUGUGUAUUGUAAUACAGUGGGCUCAAUA